ACUAUUGGGCCUCUGCUGCUGGGACAGGCGUUCCUGCCCCUGCUGAAGAAGGCUGCCCAAGGGAGCCCGGGCUCAGCGCUGAGCUGCAGCAAGGCAGCCAUCAUCAAUGUGUCCAGCUACGCAGGGUCCACUAAGGACGUCUAUUUUUGUGUCUCAUACCGCUGCAGCAAGGCUGCUCUCAACAUGCUGACCCGGUGCCAGGCCCUGGGCUACCGGGAGCACGGCGUCCUCUGCGCCGCUCUCCACCCUGGCUGGGUGCAAACCGACAUGACGAGGUCACCAUCAAACAUGGCCCCCUUGACGGUGGACGCCAGCGUGCGCGGGAUGCUGCAGGUGCUCUCCUCCCUCUCCGAGAAGGACACUGGGACUUUCCUGGACUGGGAGGGGAAGGUUGUUCCCUGGUGA